AGAUAGCGGGGGGGGGCACCACGCACAAGUGGGACAGGUCUCGGCUGACCCUUCCUCGUCCUGGGCCACCCCAUGCGUCCGCGAGCAAAGGGGGCCGUAGUCUUCACUUUUCCGGCUCUCGAGCGGUAGCCUAGGCCGCGGAGCGUCUGCGACAGUCCCCCCGAGAACCGACUGGCGCUCGCCGAGGGAGGGGGCCCUCCGUGCUGAGAGGGCCCUGUCCCGCGGGCACAGAGGCAGCCGCCCUCCUACACGCAGCAGUAACAGAGAGGAGAAGGGAAGAUGGAGCAGUACGCGGAAGGAAGAGGCAAGGGAGAGGACUUGGGCGAGGAGAAGGCCACGACAGCAAAACUGGGUGGCCUUGCCAACCUUGGCUCGAAGCUGCGAGAACUAGCUCGCACGCGGCCUACACAAGAUCCUAAAGGGCUGGAAAAGGGUGCCACGCUUCGACCGCGCUCCAGCACCAUCGACAGCACGCAGCCAGUGCUUCUAUCCAUGUGUCCAUGCUUGGCGUCCUAUCGUGCUCCCCUCCAGCGCCUUUCAGUGAAGUCGAAAAGAUCUGAGGAAGAGAGGGAGCGAGGAGGAGGAGGAGGAGGAGGAGGAGGAGGAGGAGGAGGAGCGAGGAGGGAGCAGGAGGAUGACCAGCAGCGCCGGCAGCAGGAGAGGGCAGGGGGCCGGCUGUGCCUGUCCACCGCCAUCUCAGAAGAGGGCUGUCCCGCCUGAGCGACCACACGCCCAGGACCAUUGUUCGGGUCAGCCUCAGGUCGGGCACGUCCCCCUACAGGCGCAUUUUGGACGAAGAAU